UAAACCACAGGAACCAAACUUUAGCUAGUAACGUUAGCUGUGUCUGUAGCAUAACAGCUCCGCUAUCGGAAUUCAAAACAAAAGCCUACGGAAGCACGUUAUCCUGUUCAGCUUCGCCUUCGACGUAAUAUAGAGCUGUAGGCAGAAUUUAUAAACGAAGUGUUGAGGAAUGGUCUGACUGCAGCAGUGAAGAUGCACAGCCGUCUGCAGGAACUGAAGAAGGAAGAGGAGACUCUCCUCAAAAUCAAAGUCAUGUUACAGGACCAGCUGAACAGGUUGAAGUUCGAAGAAGGCGCCUUGAAGUCGAUGAUCAGCGCUCAGACGGAAGAUGGAGCCUCUGAACGAUCUCCCCCAGAAACUGAGGUUAAUAUUAACCUUGACGAUGAGAGCAAGAUCAAUCAAACCAAACUGCUACUGAAUGCCGCAGUAGAUUUUGAUAUGGAGGAGGAAGAUGAUGAGGAGGAGGAUGAAGAGGAGGAGGAUGAUGAAGAUGGCAAUGAGCUUCAGUUUAUGCCUGACGAAGACGAGGAGGAGGAUGAUUACUGAGGUUCUCUGUUUUACAUGAGCCCUCAAUAUUUGCACAACUGAAGAAGAACCACAUGUAAACGGACAUCUGCUGAUUUGUUGGUCCUAUUUGAUCAAUUAUGGAGAUUAAUUUAUUGGGAUGAAGUGAGUUUCUUUUCCGGUUUAAUAUUGCCUUCUCCUGUUACUGUGUUAGAAUUCAUGUGUUAAAUUUAGUGAGAAACGUUUCACUGAUAUGCAGUAAGACAGUGUUAUUAGGUGCCUCUAGCUUAUUAGACAUAUUGCAUUUUGAGGAUAAGCAUAAAAGUGUGUGGCUGGGCCAUAUAAGAAGAUCGUGUGUAUGUACGAGACGAUAAUUGUAAGCACAAAAUAAAAUGUUUUGCAUAGGGUU